AGUGUGAGUGACAAAAUGAUUCAGUGACGUGUUAACAGCUGAGUGUUAAGUGUUGUGUACAAAUAUGUGGUCAAGAUGAAGUUGUGGAAAAGCCUUAAGAUAUCGAUAGGCAGUCGGAGCGACCCUAAGUCUUACUCCCAGGAGUUGCCGCAGUGGGGUGGCCAAGGAUAUGAAUUGGAUGUGUUCAAAUCGCAGACAUCGUUAUCGACUGACUCCGGGCUGUGCACCGAGCGAGGACUGCGAAGGACCCACAUAGAGCUCGUCAAGCCUCCGGGGAAACGUAUCGGACUUAAACUGGCAGGGCGUUCAGAACCCGGCAUCGUACCUUCAAUAGUGGGCUUCACAAAAGACUCGGUGGCCCACGAGUCAGACCGGCUGGCUCCCGGAGACAGGAUCUGCAGUGUCAACGGCAUAUCAACAGCCAGGCUCACUAAUGAUGAAGUACUUCGAUUGCUGGACAAUGUCGAGGAAAGGGCCUCGCUGGAGGUCGAAUAUUAUAUGCCUAAUUAUGCUUCACAAAAUUCCCUGUACAUCACAACGAAGUUAGCAGAAGUUCCUGUGGAAAAAAUCAGUGGGUCCCUUGGUAUUACCAUUCGUGGUGGUUUACCGGAGAAUUCUGCUCCAAGUGCUGAUCUGGUGCUGAACAGCCGGUCUCUGGAUGCUCAGCCGUUGGUGGUGACCCAUGUCAGGCCUGGUGGUGCUGCGUAUAAUACUUCUAGGAUAAAACCUGGGGAUAGACUGUUGAAGGUUGAUCACGUAUCUCUCACCAAUAAAACGCUAUCAGAAGUCCACAACAUUCUCCAAAACUGCCCUCAAGUGACUAGCCUCACGAUAGAAUACGACGUUUCUAUCAUGGAGUCCGUCAAGUUGGCCACAGGACCCCUCCUCAUAGAAAUCGAGAGACCUUGCAACGAAGACUUGGGGCUGUUUCUGACCAACCAGAGGUGUUCUGACGAUGUCUACAGUUCCGGGUCCGAUACUUACCAAAGAGUUGGGACGUGUAAUGCUAUUUAUAUCGAUAGUAUUUUGCCUGCUAGUAUUAGUGACAGAUGUGGUGCUCUCCACCCUGGAGACCAGAUCCUGGCGUUUGAUGACCACGUGAUCGACGGCAAUAACUACACAGCGGAAGAGGUGAUGUGCUACCUGGAGAACUGUGAGGGGGGGUUCACGAGGCUGCACGUGGCACCUCGCCAUGUGGUGGGACACUGUGGGAGAUAUACUAGAGAAAAUUCAAUAUCGGGUACAUCAACGCUGAAUGCCAAGAAACACCGUCAGAGAAACUACAGGCAAAGCUCGAUGCCCAAACUAGGUUUACAAGACGAUUACGAUAGCCAACAAAACUACAUGAGCAUGGGAGUAUGUAGGACAGAAUCGUUGAAUAUACAGCUGGAAGUGCCUCCAGGGCAGAGCUCAGGGUUAGCUGUGCAUGAAGAGAAUGCUAUGCUGGUGAUAUCGCAUGUGGCUUCACAAUCACCAGCCUAUAGGUCGGGCUGCCUGCAAAUCCGAGACCGUGUGAUGUCAAUCAACGGCCAUGAGAACUUAACAGUUGAUGUUGCAAACGAGAUCCUGCAGAGACGAAAUGAUUCCCAUAACCCAAAAUAUUUGACCUUGAACGUGGAGUUUAGUAUGCCGAAUACUAUCGAAGCUUCAAGUGGGGUGUUCAAUGUUAAACUGGCUAAGACUACUGCUGGGUUAGGUGUUACUAUUACAGAUACAACGCUAAGCGCUGCGCAGUCAGGCUGCGUUAGCCAAACAGACGUGCAUAAGGCAUGUCACGGGUGCAAACAAAAGCUGCUUAGCAACGAAGAGCCUAUGGUGAUUUCUGACAUCAAACCAGGGUCUGUGGCUCAUCGAAGUGGAGCUCUUGCACCAGGAGACCAGCUUCUAGCUAUCAAUGGACAGCCACUGCAUAAUUUAUCAUUGGACACAGCCUUCAACAUCCUCCAAAACUCACCAGAAGACAUAAUCACUCUAAAGAUCCGCAAACGAGAUCUCACAGAAGACUGGUCGAAUAUACACAAACACAACGCUAAACUAACUCUACAGAGCUUUAGCAAUAUCGAAACCAAAGCUGUGGUACAUAGUGGCGAAGACUCUGGUCAUCAUACUGAGAGUCCUAAUAAUAGUGCUAAGGAAAGUGAGAGGAGUCAUGGUAGCAAUGAAAAUGGUAAUGCUGUGUUUACUAUUGAGCUGAUUAAGCAAGAGAAUGGACCGCUUGGGCUGACUAUUGCGGGCAGUGAAGAUGUUACGCAGCCUAUUUUGUUAAGUGGGCUUGUUGAAGGUGGUGUGGCUGAAAAAUGUGGUAAACUAGCAAUAGGUGAUGAAUUGCUUACAAUCAACGGUGAAAGUGUUCUAAACAAACCAUUGUCUGAAGCAAUCAAAUUGUUACAACAAAGUGGACAGAGAGUACAUUUGCAACUGUGUAGAAAAGUGACAGGUUCGGAGACCGAAUCCAGUGCGCGGGACUCCAGUCACUCGACAUCAAGUCCGGGAUUAUCAAAUGACAGCGCCGUCGAGUCGUGGGAUCAGAACACGCCCGUACGAACUAGCGCUAACUGUGUUUAUGUCAUAGGUAACUCCGAGGUCAUAGAAUACGCAGUACCAGACAAGACAAGAAUGAUGGAUAAGCAACCUUACUCCCCAACCGACGAAGAUAAGCUCAUGGCUUCAAACUUCAAUUCUGCAGCACCAUACAGCAUCAACGAUCUGCCAUUACCAAACUACUCACUGAAUAACUCUUUGAAGACUUUCCACUAUGAGAACACAUGUAUCAUUCCUGAAAACACACUGAAGAACAAAACUAAUAUAACAAGAGAAGACGAUGUACAGCAAAUAGAAAUACUUACUACAAACAUGAAAGAUUGUCAGCUGCAUAACAUGGAGAGAGCGUCUUGCAAAUGCGAUUAUGUCCAAAUGGGUCCUUACGGGAUUGUGUCGCCCAAAACUAGAAGACCGAAUUGGGAUAGUGAUUAUUUAAAUAAUGGAAUUUACACCGUGACCACGCCACAGAAAUCACCAAUGAAACCUGGAGUACCCGGAACCAGUUUUCAAUUCUCGACCAGUCCAAUUUACGAGAAUGAAGUUCCAGGGCUCUACAGCACUGAAGCAGUAUCACCCGCCCGAGGUUCCGUCCACCACGUGAUUCUGUACAAGGAUGCUAUAUAUGACGACUAUGGCUUCUCAGUGUCAGACGGCCUUUAUGAACGAGGAGUGUACAUUAAUAGGAUUCGUAAGGGCGGGCCUGCUGAUAUUGUGGGCCUGUUGAGGCCUUAUGAUAGGAUUUUGCAGGUGAAUGGCACAAGGACAGUGGACUACGACUGCUGCCUCACAGUGCCGCUGAUUGCCUCAGCUGGUGACCGACUGGAGAUCGUGGUGCAGAGGCUGGUCACAUCCAGGGAACUGAGAAACCAGCGCCUCGACGACAGCUCAAGCCCAAGUGACAGUAGUAUUGUGACUAAGACGAUUUAGUGCAUAACCCGACUCUAGUGAAUUCACGCCAAAGACUCUGAAACCUCUAGUGUUAACUGACAUACUUAUACGGCCGUAUAAUAAUAGUACUUAAUAUAGCUUAGAUAUUGUAUAUAUUUGAUAGUUUGGGGAUUAAGAAUAACAGCGAAGCUUUGGGCCUUUUUAAUUGAAAUUAGGGAAGGUGUGUGAAUAACAUUUUAUGCCAUAAAUAUUGCUAUUUAUUUUCUUUUCAACACUACAAAAAAUUACAUGAUAGAUAUAGAUCGUAAAAAAGAUCGUAAAAAACAUAAUUCCGGAGAAAAUAAAAUACCAAUUUAUGGCGUUAAUGUUAUUCUAUAGAAUGGUGCAAAUAAUAAUAUGUAAUGUAAAAUUAAUUAUUAAUGUCUACAUGGAUACGUAAAAAAGGCAUGAAAAUGAAAAUAUUUAACCAUAUCUCGGCGAAUAAACAUUUUAAUUUUCAUGAAAAUUCUAGAUAUCGAAGAUUCUAGGUUGAAUAUAACCUAAAGAUUAAUAGGUAAAGGUAUAUCUUAUGGUUCUAUAAAAUUACAUUUGUGUGUUUUAUUUGCCAUCCACAUAUAUUGUAAUUUAUAUCUAAUUAUCAAGAUAAAUAAAUAAUUCUGUAUACUAUAAAACAAUAGCAAUCGAAUUUUGAAAAUAAUUUAACAGAUAAAGUAUAAAUACCUACAUAAUAAAAAUUUCAUACCACUUAUAAUUAGUCGCUAAAACAAAUUGACAGCAUACAGAAAUAAUUUUAAUAAUGGUAAUUUUUAAAAAAUAAUUGUUGAUAGUUUACAAAUAUUAUUUUUUAAUCCCGUAAUGUGCCUAUGUAUUGUAAUAGUUUAGAAAUACAUGAUCUGAAUGCACGAAUGAUUCUUAAUACUUUAAAUAUAAAAAUAAAAUAAUUAUAUAUUUAAAGAAAACCUAUUAAUUUAAAUUAUAAUUUUCUUGGGAAGGUUUAACUACUGAAAAUUUUCGUUAAUUGAUAUGAUAAUUGAUUAGGUAUAAUAAGCAUAUUUUUUAUUCGUGUAUUCAAUUUUCUUUAUUUUGUUCGUUUACCAAAGAUAUUUCCAAAGCGUUGCCAUUGCUUGCCUAAGAAUGAAUUAAUUUAUAUUAUAUAAAAAUAUUACCCGUAUCUAACAAAUAAAAUUAUUUUGCAAAAAAUUAUGUAUUAUUCAUUUAUUAUGUCAACGAUAUAUACUUCCUAUUCGGAAUUGAAUUCAAUCUGAUUAAAAUUAUAGUUUCAAUAAUUUUCGCAGAGUGAUUUAAUUACCGAUCUGUAAUUUACUCUACAUAAAAUAUUAUACAUUUUAGAGUUAUAAAAUCCACGUAAAAUUGUAUAUAAUAUAAUAAAUGACUGUAGUCUUACUGUUGUUGAGAUCAGACUGAUAGCGAUUUUAAAAAUAGUUAUUUAGACAAUGUAUAAAUUUGUAUUACUAUAGCAUUGUAUUUCAAGUCUGUUCUAGGAAUUUUGUGCAACUAUCUCUACCCAUUUAGAUAUUCAGCGUGUUUUUAUUUUAUUGGCAUAAUUAUUUUUUUCAAUAAUUUUUAAAAUGUGUUUAUUCGAAAUUGAAUCUGUAUUUUUCAUUAUUUCACUCACUUAUUAUGUGUGUAAAUAAUUAAAUAAUAAAGAAUUAAAUUUCAAAAAUAUUUAAUUUCCAAUAAAAUAAAUAAUUAUGCCAAUAAAAUGUGAGUUGUGUAUUAAAAUUAAUAGAAAAUAAUUCGUAAGGUUUGUUAACUAAAAAAAAACUAGUAAACAGAAGACUUUGUAAUCUAAUAGGAGUUAUUAUUAUAAUAAUAGGUACUUACGAAGUUUGUUGUAGAUAGAAAAAAGUAUACAUUAAAAAAAUAUCUCGUUCCUUCAGAAUUUCUGAUUCAUCCAAACCGAUUUACGUUACUAAAUUAAACCAAUAAAUAUGAGUAUUUAUUUAUAAAGAAAAAUCGCGUUUAUAUAGUAUUGUUUUAAAAUUCUUUAGAUAUCGAUUUAUUCUGACUAAUACUCAUUUUGAUAAUUAAAAUGUAAUAAAUCUUUAAUCAUGGCCAUAGAAUAAAAUAGUGUUCAUGAAAUUACCUGUAAAAAUAAUUAAUUCAGAAAAAUGUUACGAAUUUUUUAAAUAAUUUUUUAAAUCAUUUUUAUUCGCAAUAAAGUUCAUGUGAGAAAAUAAUGAAAAAUAGCAGUUAAUAAAUUCUAAUAAAUAUUCAAAAUAUUUGCCUAAAAAGUCGUAUUUCCUAUACUUUGCUUAGUAAAAUAAUUCAUUGACGAACAUUCUCCCGUAUGGUAAUUACGUAUGUAGAUAGUUUGUAAUUUUUUACAUUUUAUUUUUGUACCCUUAAUUAUAAGGAUAAUUUAUAUAAUUAUUAUUAUUGUCAAUUAAUGUGUAAUUAAUUGAAAAAAAUAGAAGAGAGCCUAGCUACAAAACUCUUAAUAAAAUGAUAUGCGUGAUUGA